AUGGGGCUCCUUGGGGUAUUGUUGACUUCUGUCGAGCGUCUACGUGAGGUACUGCCGCUCUGGCAGCUCAUAUCUUUUGCAUUGGCCGCAUUCGUCACCCUUGUCAUCCUGGCCAACAUUCUCAAACAAUUGUUAUUCAAGAACCCGAAUGAGCCACCUCUUGUUUUUCAUCUAGUACCCUUCGUUGGGAGUACUAUCAGCUAUGGCAUCGAUCCCUUCCAAUUUUUCUUCUCCUGCCGCGAAAAGUAUGGCGACGUCUUUACAUUCGUUCUUCUCGGCACCAAAACCACAGUCUGUCUUGGAACCAAAGGUAACGAGUUCAUUUUAAACGGAAAACUUAAAGACGUCAAUGCGGAGGAGGUAUAUACGCAGUUAACCACUCCUGUCUUCGGCAAGGAUGUUGUCUAUGAUUGCCCCAACUCAAAAUUGAUGGAACAGAAGAAAUUCGUCAAGUUUGGUCUUACCUCCGAUGCCCUCAAAUCAUAUGUCACCCUCAUCUCCAACGAGGUACAAAAAUUCGUGGCAACAGCACCGGUCUUCAGCGGCCAAAGAGGGACCUUCGAUGUCUGUCAUACUAUGGCAGAGAUUACUAUCUACACGGCGUCGCGUUCGCUUCAAGGUAAAGAGGUCCGAGAGCGUUUCGACUCCAGCUUUGCCGAACUCUAUCACGACCUCGACAUGGGCUUUGCGCCUAUCAACUUUCUACUGCCUUGGGCACCGCUUCCCCACAAUCGCAAAAGAGACAGGGCGCAGAAGAAGAUGGCAGAGACCUACAUGGAAAUCAUUCAACAGAGAAGAAAAGCUGGCAUUGAGAAAACAGAAGAUGACAUGAUCUGGAAUCUCAUGUCUUGUGCUUAUAAGGACGGAACUCCAGUCCCGGACCUGGAAGUGGCACAUAUGAUGAUUGCUCUCCUAAUGGCUGGCCAACAUUCCUCCUCGUCCUCAUCCGCGUGGAUCAUGCUCCGUCUCGCUUCCCGUCCAGAAAUCCAAGCUGAGCUCCUCGCGGAGCAGAAACGGAUCUUAGGCGAAGACCUCCCACCCCUCACCUAUGAGAAUCUACAAGAACUGCCUCUGAACUCACAGGUCGUUAAAGAAACAUUACGACUCCACGCACCAAUCCACAGCAUCAUGCGCAAAGUCAAAUCACCCAUGCCCAUCACGGUAGCCUCACCGGUUAGCAGAUCUUACACCAUCCCCACCACCCACACCCUCCUCUCCGCACCGGGCGUCACAUCCCGUUAUCCAGACUACUUUCCGGAACCCAUGCUCUGGGAACCUCACCGCUGGGACGAAGACCACCCUCUUGCCUACAAAGACGCCGACGAUCAGGAAGAGCAAAUGACCGAUUAUGGUUAUGGCAUGGUGAGUAAAGGCGCCACUAGCCCUUACUUGCCUUUUGGUGCGGGUAGACAUCGAUGCAUUGGCGAGCAGUUUGCUUAUGUGCAACUGGGCACUAUCCUUGCGACGAUGGUGAGGUUGUUGAGGGUGGAGAAUCUGCCUGGGAAGAAGGGCGUUGUGGAUACGGACUACAGCAGUCUGUUUUCGAGACCGAUCGGGCCAGCGAUAGUACAAUGGGAGAGGGUGGGGGAAAGCGGAGGGGAGAAGUGCUGA